GCCAUGGAAACCCAUUCCAUGAAGCUCUCUACGCACUGUUGUUGGGCUCAUCUGAAGGCCACACCAAGUUUGGAGGUCUUGAGCUAUUGACUCUGCAGACAGUUGAAGCCGUCUGCAUGCCUAGGGGAUGGAUUGUAUACACCUGUGUCCAUGGAGGGGAUUGGAACAUUAGAAUCACAUGAUUGGGAGGGGAUUGGAACACCUGAAUCACAUGAUAUGGAGGGGAUUGGAACACCUGAAUCACAUGAUAUGGAGGGCGGGGCCAAUACUUUUGGCAAUAUAGUGUAUGUAAGAUCUAUUGAAAUGGGGGAGAGGGGUAUUAGA